ACUCUUCCAUCCUGAAUGAAGGGAAUAGAGCAGUUCCGGCAAGCUUUACUGAUCUCACCUCUGAAUUUGUCCGCGCAUCAUGGGCUUGCCUCUGCACUCCUUAGUUUGGCAAAGGAAUCUAUUGAUUCUGGUGCCUUUAAAUGGGGAGCUUCACUCUUAGAGGAAGCGUCGAAAGUGGCUCUAGAAUGUACUUCCAUUGUUGGCAAUAUGUCUUGUUCUUGGAAGCUGCAUGGAGAUAUUCAGCUCAUAUACGCGAAAUGUUUUCCAUGGAUGGAUGAAGGAUUGGGAUCAGGAGCUGAUGAAAAAUCAUUCAGUAGUUCAAUCCUGUCAUGGAAGAGAAACUGCUGCUUAGCAGCCAGAUCUGCUUGUCGCUCCUACCAGCGGGCUUUGCAUUUGUCCCCUUGGCAAGCUAAUGUGUAUACUGAUGUUGCCAUUGCAUCUGAGCUUCUUUUGUCGUUGAAGGAGAACUGUAAAGAUGACAUUAACUCUUGGUUUGUGUCUGAAAAGAUGUGCCUUGGAGGCUUAUUACUUGAAGGUUGCAAUAGCGAGUUUUGGGUAGCCUUAGGAUGUUUAUCUGAUCAUUCUGCAUUGAAACAACAUGCUUUCGUACGGGCGCUGCAGUUGGACGUUUCUCUUGCAGUUGCAUGGGCACAUCUUGGAAAGGUAACUUGCUGCAUUAGUUUCCAAGAUUAUCUGUCUUCAUUUAUCUCUCAAAGCUUUCAGAGUUUAUAGGAGGAAUAAGAGAUA